ACAUUUACUCUUGUGACUUUUGUCUUAAUCGUAGACAUUCUCGAGAGCGUGUUUUUAUACAUAUUCUGCCAUUUCUGGGAAGAAACCAACCAGAAAAACUGGCUAAUGGUAUUUUACUCACUGUAAACUACAGGAUUAUGGCUGUUGAAAAGGUGGAGCUAGUGAAUAGCGAUCAAAUUCUGUUGGUUAAGCUCAGAAAUCCACUUGGAACAAGUUCAGACUAUGUGGGAAGCUGGUCUCAAGAUUCAUCAGAGUGGAAUAAAGUUUCCCCAGAAGAAAAACAUAAGUUAGUUUAUAGACAUCUUGGUGAUGGAGAGUUUUGGAUGAAUUAUCAAGACUUUGUGAAAACUUUCACAAGUUUAGAAGUUGUAAAUUUAGAUACAGAAACAAGUAAAGAUGAGCCUACUUUACGGACUAAAAUUCCAUGGCACAUGAAACUCUGUCAUGGACACUGGCAUCGAGGAGUUUCUGCAGGUGGAUGCAGAAAUAAUACAGAUACUUUUCACACCAACCCACAAUACCAGUUGAUCCUACCAGAUACUCAAGAAUUACUCAUCUCUCUCAACCAACACACUGUUCUUGAACCAAAAGUAAUUGGUUUUACUUUAUAUCAGCUGCCCAAGUCUCCUGUUGAAACAUUAGGAAGAUCAUUUUUCAAGAAAAACAAGUCACUAGUGAACUCGCAGUAUAGCAACAGUAGACAGAUAUCCAUGAAAUGUGACCUUGAUCAAGGUGGCUAUGUACUUUUACCAACAACCUUUGAACCAGGACAGGAAACCAGCUUUACCUUACGUGUCUACUCAACCAAGUUGAUUAAACUAAAAUUACUUGAUUGUGUACCUGCAGCAGUGAAACCAGCAAUUAUGAAGGCUCCUCCUUCUUUUGAUAGUAAAGUCAGCUCCUACGAAACCAUUUUCUUACAACUGGCAGAUGAGCACAGGUCAGUGAAUGUAUUUGAACUUCAAGAACUGUUAGAAGCAUGCCUUCCAAAUGAUUAUGUUAAAAGUUGUGCCACUCUUGAAGUUUGUCGACAGAUGGUUCUCACUUUGGAUAAAGUUGGCAAUGGUCGACUGAAGUUUACUGAUUACAAGAAUUUGAUGUGCAGUCUUAAAUAUUGGCAGACAACUUUUAAAAACUACACAAAAGGAACAGCUGGAAUACUUCGAGCAGAAAGACUGAAAGAAGCUCUUUUAGAUAUAGGGUUCCAGUUAAAUACGGAGUCUCUUUCACUCCUUGUUCUACGUUAUAUGAGAAAGGAUGGAACAUUGCGGUUUGGAGACUUUGUGUGUUGUAUCUUGCAGUUAUCUAUGGCUUUUGCAACAUUUGAAAGAAAGGAUCCUUUGCAGAAUGGUUACAUCAAACUUAAUCUAUCUGAGACACCAUUUACCAUAUCCCAACUUUUCUGA